AAACAGCUUGCCGCGAGCCGAACGGCUGAGAUGGGCUGAGCUUGCCCCUGUUGCGCUGUGCUCUGAACGUCAUCUGCGCUACUCGUCAUAAACGUCAUUGCUGAGGUGCUCAUCUGUGUACACGAUGAAAUGCUACGUGGUCGACACGCGGCAGCGCCUGCUGUCGCUUUGAAUGUCUGCGUCGCCCGCCGGCUACCCGAUUACAAUGGCCUGGUGAAGUGCGAGGCCGCUGGGACUCGAAGCCGUUCACUGCCGCCGUCGUCGCAUCGGCAUUAGGUCAGCGGGUGGAUGACGGCUUCAGACAUGGCGUGGUCUUCAUCCCUGAAGAACACUAUCAACCUGGGCAACAGCAUCAUAGGGGUCAGCAUACUCGCCAUGCCCUACUGCUUUGAAAGGUGUGGCAUAGUGUUGAGUUCCUUGCUGCUGUUGGUCAGUGGGCUGCUGACACGCAUGACCUGCCACCUGCUCCUCAAGUCGGCCAUCACAGCUAGGCGUCGUAACUACGAGUUCCUAGCUUUCCACACGUUUGGCCCAACUGGCAAGCUGGUGGUUGAGAUUGGCAUCUUGGGCUUCCUGCUGGGCAGCUGCGUGGCCUUCUUUGUGGUGAUGGGCGACCUGGCCCCUCCUCUGGCCUCGGAUUUCUUCCUGCUCGAGGCAUCCCCGCGGCUGCGGCUGACCGUGCUCCUGUUGCUGGGCACAUGCGUGGGUCUGCCCCUGGGCCUGCUGCGCAACCUGGACAGCCUGACCUCCUUGUCCGCGCUCUCUCUGGGCUUCUACUGCUUGCUCGUGUUCAAGGUGUUUGUGGAGAGCUUCCCGGUGCUGUGGUCGGGUGCCUGGUGGGACCGGGUGGUGUUGUGGCGUCACGAGAACCUGCUGUCCGUGCUGCCUAUCUUUGCCAUGGCCCUCUCCUGUCAGCCGCAGCUUUUUGAAAUCUUCGACACGGUCAACGAGCCAUCCUUGAAGCGCAUGAACUCGGUGGUCAACGGUGCGGUCCAAAUGUGCUCCAUGGUCUACAUCAUGAUGGGCUUCUUUGGGUACGUGGCGUUCUGCGGCAGUGGAGGUCCUCUGCCAGGCAACGUGCUGGUGCGCCUGGGCUCCUCGCUGGCCUCCGAGUUCAUCAAGCUGGGCUUUGUGGCUACCCUGGUGGUGUCCUUCCCGCUCUGCCUGUUCCCCUGCCGCACCAGCCUCCACUCCCUGCUCUUCAAAAGGGCCAACAGCUCUCGUACAUGUCUGAGCCCCUGUGCCCCAGAGCACGAAAAUCUCUUGGCCACGGUCGCUCUGGGGGAACAGCACGAGACGUCGACGCAUGCCGAGCUGGUGGUGCAAGAGCGACCCAAGAUGAGUGAUGUUUUUGCGGCUUUGGGCAGCAAGUUCCACGACCCUUCGUACGACUACAUCCCUGAUGGGCAGUUCCGCAUGCUGACAGUACUGUUGGUGGGAGCCACCCUAGUCACGGCUUGCCUGGUGCCCAACAUCGAGAUUGUGCUGGGCCUGACGGGAUCCACCAUCGGCACACUCAUCUGUGUCAUCAUGCCCGCGCUUGUUUUUACGCGUGUCCAACCGAAAAGCACCAACGAACGCCUGGUUGCCAAAUUCCUGACCUGGGCAGGCCUGUGCAUCAUGAUUGGCUGCACAAUGACCACGCUGAGCCAGAUGCGGCCCCCCGACCGGGGCUCUGCUCCCAGCCACUUCAACCCGGUGGCCGUGGUGGUCUCGAAACCAGCUCCUCUGCUUCCAAAAGAUGUCAAGUUGGCCAAUGCCUCACCUGGACCUGAUCUGGCAAAGCCGCUGUCGCCAAAGGCUGAUGUGGUUCCACCUGCAGCUGCUCUGUCACCCAAGGCCGUACAGCCAGCAACAGUAGCAGAGAAGCGGCUGGAACCACCAGAACCUGUUGAACCCUCCAUUCACAAGGAGGUUGUGGUUCCUCCAUUGGCCAAGCCAGCCCCAGUGGUCGAGCGACCGCCCAAGGACGAGGCCGCUUUGGACCCAGAGGCUUUGAAGAAGGAGGACCGUGAAAUUGCUGCGGCUACGUCGGGCAAGGUUGCAGUGCCCCCUGCUGCUGCUGCUUCCGGUGGUGGACACCAGCCCCCGGGGACCGCUGCCCCUGUCGUGGCAGGCCCCGAAGUGAAGAAGCAGGAGGCCCUCCUCGAGAAGAUUGCCCAGGAGCAGAAGGUGCAGAAAAAGAUGCUGGAAGACCUGCAGCGUGAGCUCAAGCAGGAACUGGCCAAGCACAAGCAAGACAUGCCCCCACAGCCACAGAAAACCAAUGGAACUGUAGAUACUGCAAGAUUGGUUGCUGCACCCGCAAAUGUGGUUGCGCAGUCACCAGUCCAGGACAGGCUCCCCAUGGCCGCACCGGCAGCACCUUUCACCGGUGCAAGACCAGAAGCCCCGAAUGCACCGCAUCCAGCGGUCGCAGGCAGUGCACCGCCUCUCCUGAACCAAGGGAGCCAACUGCGGUCAAAGGGUCCCAUUCAGAACAUUCCGCAGCCGAUCCUGAACCAAGCGCCUCCGCUUUCCGUGCAGGAUGUCCAGCGAUCUCGGCAGGACUCGCAACAACGUCAAGCACAACGCGUAGAACAGAUCGUGAAGGUCCCUUUGUCGGUUGGCGUCCAGCCUGCCGCACAAAACAUUCAUCGUGUUGCUGCGAACCAACAGCUCUCGAAUCCUGCCCUCCCUCCACCACAAGGGAGUAAGAAGGACGAGACUGGCCGAAGUGACCUGCCAGAUGUGAAGCACAUCCGCCAACAGCCCCCUGCGCUAGGUCCAAAAGUUGACAUCCCUCCUUCCCUGUCGCAGGUUCCAAAACAGGGCCCGAUGCACCAACCUCAACUCGGCAUUCAGAAUGUGGUGGUUCAAAAGCAGUCAGUCGUUCCUGCUGCAGAUGCCAUUCCAAAAGCAGAAGAGAACCUUGUCAAACCACUGGACAUCAUCAUGCGUCAUCAAGAUGUCCAACAGCCAUUGCAGCAGAAGCUUCCCAUUGUCCCUGAAAGCAAACCGAGCCUAGUGCAGCAGCAACCUAAGCCCAUUCUACAGCAGGUUCCACAAGAGCUUCCAGCAGUCGCUAGCAGUUUCGCCAAGCAGCCUGUACAUGUCGGCGUUGAAGCUCCCGUGAAGUCACUUGGCAAGCCUUUGGAAGUGAAAGAUAAAGCGAUCCCAGCACGCCAGGAGCUGGACAACCGGCCACUCGUUCGCAAAAUGUCUAAAGAUGUUAAACGAGAGGCACCGAUAGAUGUUGACAAUUUUAAUAUUGCCGAAGCAGCCAGUGCAGCUGCAUCCAAAAAGGCCCCAGUUACUGUUGUGCCCACUGCUUUGCCACUGGCAGCCAGCGACAAAGACGUUCCUGCUGUCGAGGUGAAAGCGGCAGCCAUCAGUGACGUUCCAGUGAAAGUGCUUUCCCAGGACAGCAUUUCUCCAAGUCUUCCAAGUCGCCUGCAGGCGGAUGUGGUGCUAGCUAAGCAUGAGAUUAGGAAAUGAAUGCGAGGAUCUGUGUGCACCAUGUUGUGCAGAAACAAAACUGGGCAUUUACAGUGUGCUUGUGAAGGUGACAUGCGUCAGUGCUGUGCACUGUGAACUGUUGUGUUCUUACCAGAGUAUAAUAAUAUAUUCUCGUUUUAUAUUGUAAUAAAUGCACUAUUUUUAGUCACCAUGUGA